AUGACCAACACUACUGACAAGACUUUUAUGAUAAAGUCUUAUGAUCCAACACAUACAUGCAUCAAGAUCAUAGAACACAAGAGUGUUACAUCAAAAUGGAUAGUAGAAAAAUUUGCAAAUCAGGUUAAGACUAAUCCAGACAUGAAUGUGAAGACAAUGAAGGAAAUUUUGGGUUCAACAGGAAUUCAAGUCUCUUACAUGAAGAUGUACAGGACACGCAACAUUGCUGUAGAAAUUAAUCAAGGUGCCUCUACACAGUCAUAUGCACUGUUACUUGAGUAUGUUGAUUUAGUCUUGAAGAACAUGCUUGGUUUCAAAAAGGGAUGUAGACCAUUCAUUAGUAUUGAUGUAUGUCAUCUCAAGGGAAAGUAUGGUGGUGUUCUACUGUCAGCCAUAUCUGUUGACGGGAAUAAUGCCUUAUUCUCUAUUGCAUUUGGAAUAGUAGAAGUAGAAUGCAAAGACAGUUUGCGCUCUUUUUCCUUGAAAGGACUAUCUGAUGCAGUUGGUAUGAUCUUCCCAUAUGCUCAACAGAGAUGUUGCAGUAGACAUCUAUAUCAAAAUUUCAGAAAAAGUUUUCUUGGUCUAAUUUUGAAGAAGCAUUUUUGGGAGCUUAACAAUGAAGUAUAUCAGUGGUUGAUUAAGAAUCCCUUAAGCAUGUGGGCAAGGCAUGUAUUUGAUGAUAGGGCAAAGAGUGACCAUGCCACUAAUAACUUGUCUGAAUCUUUCAAUCAAUGGAUAGCAGAAUUAAGGCACAUGCCUAUUCUUAUCUUAGUUGACCAACUAAGAGUGAAGAUGAUGGAGAGAUUGUAUAGACUGUAUGAGAAAGGCUGUGGUUAUGACAUUUAUGGUGUAGUCACAAAAAAUGUGAAGAGAAAGUUGGACAUGAUGCAGCAAAAAACAAGGGAAUACAUUGUUCAUCCAUCUAGUCCACAUACCUUUGAGGUUGUGAAGACAUAUAUGGAUGCAUAUAGUGGGAUGAUCCAACCACUUCCUGAUUUGUCUGAAUUGAAACCAACUGAUCCUACCAAACUGGUACAACCUCCAAUUCUUAAAAGGAGACCAGGAAGACCUCACACAAGUAGGAAGAAGGAUGGUGAUGAGGAGUAUAAAGGUAGAUCAAAUUCUGGGGAGCCGGUCAGAUAUAGGGAAGGAGGGGAACCCCAGGAGAUUGAUGAUGAUGAUGAGGAUAUAAAGUUCAUGGGAUCCGGGCCGUAUUCUACAGGGACUUCUAGUGCCAGAGAGGGAGGUGGAGGUGAUGUUCUUUUGGCCAUCCGACGGAUGAACCUGAGGAUGAUGGAGGGUUUUGAAGAAGUCAAGAAGUAG